AUGAAGUUCUGCAGAUAUGCUGUGUUUCUGUUUGCUUCUUCCUGUUUGUUCUUUAUAUGUAUCCGUGUCCUUAUCGUGUUCUGCGUUCGCAUUGACUUUCACCUGGUUGACUGCACGCAGCGAGCAGAAAAAGCUGUGGGAAUGAAGUUGAAGGCUCAGAGAGAUUCUUACAUUACCAAGGCCAAAGUGAGGCAAACGAUGGCAGACAACAUCCAAGAGCAUUCGAGCAAGUUAAAACAUGCUGCACAUCUCAUCGAGCAUAAAGAGCAGAGAUUAUCUCAGUCCAAAUAUCAACCUCUGCAGCUCAAUUUGGACAAGAUGCAGCAAAUGCUCUUGACUGCGAAAGAGCUCUUAUCGGAUGACAAGGCUUCUUUGCACGCACGAGAGAAGAAGGUCUUGGAGCAAAGACAUGCGGCACAGAAGGCAGCGCAGGAAGGGGAUCUUGGUUCGCUCAGGAAAGCAGAAGCACUGCUGCCUGACUUGAAGGACAUCGCUGCUGGCGAGCGUGCUCAAGUGAAAGCCGAUCGACGUCGCAUGGAGCAGAUCUCAGCUGAGGUCUCGAAGAUUUCCAAGUCUAUCAAAGAGGUUCGAGGGCAGAUGGACCGCGAGAAGAAAGAUGAAGAAACUUUGAUGGACGUGUCAUCCCGGGAGAACGCAAUCGCUCAGCUGAUCUCCGACAAGGCUCAAUACUUCGAUGACUUGGCUGCGGUGGACGCAGCCAAGUUGAGAUAUAACAAGGUGCUGGAGCUGCUUCACGAACGACAUUCCGAUCACAAGCAGGCAAAACAAUCUUUGGCGGCGAUCUCCAACAACAUUCAAGACUGGAAACGCAAGGAGGCUAGAGACGUGGCGUCGCUCAAGAGUGCAGCGAGAGCCUUGAGGGCCCAACACUGA